UUUACAAUUAACUCAAUUGAAGCAAUCUUCUUAUGGAACAGCUUUUGGAAUCAAAUCAUAAAUUGAGAAUAAUUAGUUAAUCAUUUAAAUAAGCUUAAAAGUAAGCUUAUAAUGGUAUAACAAUUAACAGUGUUAAAAUUACGGGUAAAGGUUUAACUGUGAACAAAUGGCUACUUUAAAGAUGAUACAAAUUGGGUUUGAAGGUUGAAAAUGAACUAUCAAUAGAUUUAUUGAAUAAUCAUUUAGAUUUCUUCAUUUAAUGUUAAUCAUGUUGACUAUUUAUGAUAAUUAUAUACCUUUUUUUUGAUCAAAUCAAUAUUAAGUAAAUUGCUGUAGACCAGUUUUAUAUUUUCAUCCUUACCCUGAGUUACUUGUUUUUACUUGUCAGCCUGAUUCAUUUAAACUGUUUUUACCUUAAGGAGUCUCUCAGUUGUUGUUUUAAAACUGAAGAGACUUCAUUUUUAUCAUCUUAUUCCCUCCUUUCAUCAUCUCACCAUCAUCUUACAGCAACCUUUCCUCAUCACACUUUCAUCUUCUUUACCGUGAUGAGUUAGUAAAAAUCUUUUGCUCUCUUUACCUUCCAUUAACCUUUUCAUUGAAAAAACUUUUACCUUUAACUCUUCUUAUAAAUCGUAUCUUAGUGUUAAUUGAUCAAGUAAUUUAAAUUAGUAACAAAGUUGAUCAUUAUUAUUAUGAUUAUGAUAAAAUGUAAAAAUAAUGGAAAGCAAAAGGUUGAUCAUGAUGACAAAGUUGAUUGAUUUGAGUCCAACCAAGGUUUGGGUUUUGGAUCGCUGAUUGUCCUAUUCAAAUUCAACUUUGAUUUUAAUACCAAUCCCUUUUAAUAAUAGUUUUUAAUUAAUAAUUUGUGUUCUUUGUCUUUUGCGUCUUCUUCAUCCAUCCAAAUUUCAAUAUUUAACUUGAUUGGUCAAUUCAAUUAACCAUGAAAAGUAGCUUUAACAGCAAAUCUGAAGCCAAUCUGUUACCUCCAAUUGAAUGCAGUUUAUUGUCAUCUUCUCAUGAAGAAGCAUCAUCCAAAUCAACUUACCAAAUCAAUGGUAAUCUAUGUUUUACCAAUUAUUUACCUGUUAAAAUGUGGUUAUCAAUCAAAAAUGGAGGCUUGAAAAGUCUUCCAAUAAGAUCAUCAAUCAUGAUUGUGUUAAUUGUUUUGUGCCUAGCAAUUUGUACCAGUGGUCAAAGGACAGAUUGGUCCAAUCCAUUGUUUUCCUAUUCAUCUUCACCUUUAAUCUUGCCAUUUUCAUCGCCAUCAGUAAACUCAUUUAGUUCACAUUCAAUUCAUCGCAGAAGUUCACAAUAUCUUCCAUCAUCACCACCAUCUUCAUCGUCUUCCUCUUCGGGAUUAAAAUCACUUUUUUCAUCACUUAUUCCCAGUUCGUUUAUACCUCGAGCUCUAAGUGGCAAUGGGAAUCGAGGUUCUUGGCGAAAUUAUUUCCCAUCUGCUUCAGCUGCUACAUCAGAAUCCAAUCCUUUUAGCAAUUCAUUUGGAUCGUUAGCAUCUUCAGCUUCAUCUUCAUUGCCAGCUUUUGCUUAUACACCUUACACUGUUGAGGAAUCUGUUCCAGCGCCCAUUAAUUUUGAUUCCUUUUCAUCAUCACCAUCGUUAAGUUCAUCUUCCUCAUCAUCUUCUCUAAACCCAUUUACUUCCCAGUCAAGUAAUAGCAUUGUUACCAGUAAAGGGUUUUUAUCGCCAGCAAUCAAUGCAAAUAGUGCCUACCAACCAUUAUCAUCAACAAAUAAUUUUGUUGCUGUUAAACCAAGUCAAAGUUAUUCACCAAAUUAUCCAUCUGUUGGUUAUGCAUCCAACUACGCUGGAAGUGGUUUAGUACCCAAAGUGAAUUAUCCAUCACCAUUGAUCAAACCACAAGUUGGUAAUCGUAAACGAAGUAAACAACAACCUAGUGAAGCCUCGGGUCCAACAAUCAGUAUUGGAGGGGCACCUGGAGGUGGUACAGCCAUUAGAUUUGGUAAAGCGCAAAUUACGUUUAAAAAAGGCCAAAUAAGUGUGGGUCCAGCUUCGACGGGAUCCUCACCAAAGAAAUACAAAAAGAAACAGCCAAACUCAGCUGCUGGUAGUUUAUCAUCCGCCAGUUCGAGUCGAGGAAUUUCACUUGAUUUAGGACAAGGUGGUUCUGGUCGUGGUGUUUCAAUCAGCUUUGGAGGUGGAUCAGGAUCAAGUUCAUCAUCAUCACCGGCAAGAUCAAGAGGACAAUCUGCGCCUCAUCAUGAUGAAGAUAAAGCAGGUAGUGAAGGACCAGGAAUCUCAUUUGGAGGUGGAUCAGGCAUUCGACUUCCAUCAAUAAGCUUUGGAAAUGGAGGGUUGACUAUUGGAGGCGGAGGAGGACAAGAUGAGUAUGCUGAUGGAGCAGGCAAAACUGCUGCUGAAUCAUCUUAUCCAACCUAUCAUGGGAAAGGUUAUGGUAAAUCGUACUACAAACCACCUCCAAGGCCGCGUAUAAAGCUGAAGCUUCCUCACUUCCCCAAGACGUACAUUGAAUCUAAUCUCAAAUUACCUCCACUCAAAGUGAAACUCCAUGCUUCGCCAAGAGUCAAAAUUACAACAGGAACCAAAGAUCCAUUAGAACCUAAGCCCGUUGAAGAAGAUCCAAAUAUGCAAGACAUUUUCCUUCCACCAGAACCUUUUCCAAAAAAGAUGAAUGGAUCGGAAGAAGAGAAAAAGGAUAAAAUUCCAAUUGAACCACCACCAACAGCACCUAAUCCAUAUCCUUAUCCUCCUCACCAUCCUCACCCUCAUCCUCAUCCAUAUCCUCCUCCACCUCCAUAUAACGGUCCAUAUCAACCAGGUCCACCAGGCCCACCAGGUCCUCCACACCCGUACUAUCCACCGCCACCAAUUCCUGGUAGUCACCCUGUGCCUCCACCAGGACAUGCUGGACACCCUGUUCCUCCUCCAUCAAAUUAUCACCAAUCAUACAACAAUUAUGAAUCGGAAAAGUAUAACAACAAUUACAAAUAUUCCUCUGGAUCCAGUUAUAAGUCUUCCAGUGGUGGCAGUUAUUCAGCUCCUUACAAAGCAGCCGCCUCAGGUUAUUCUCAAGCUUACCAGCCCUACUCUAAGCCCGAUAAUUGGCCUGGUCCACCAGUUGGAAGUCCAUACGCAACAAACAGGGUCACAUUUGCUGGUAAUGGGUCAAGUUAUCCAGUUGGUGAUGGAAAUGGCAGAAGUGUUGGUCAUCCUGAAAUUGCUCCAGCUCCUGGAGGACAUCCAGGAUAUGGCCCUGCUUAUCCUCCACCACAACCUCAUCCUCAAGCAGCUUACCCUGCUCAUGGUCCAUAUCAACCAGCCCCGUUACCACCUCCACCUCCGCCUCAUCAUUCUGGAUACCCAUCACCAGGAUAUUCAAGCAAGCCAAAGUAUGGAGGUUAUCCGAAGGAAAUUUUCGGUAAAAAGAUUGUAAAAUAUAAUCGUGCCACAAAUGACAAGCCGCAACUCAUCUUAGAUCUUCGUCCAAGAAUCAGCUUACACUCUGUUAAUGAAACUCAUCCUGAAAAGAAACCAAAACACAAAGAUCCAUUCUUUAAGCUAAAACUCAAUCCAAUUUUCUUGAAUCGUACUGAAAAGUAUGGCUAUGGUUCUGGUGAUGACAGUGGUUAUGGUGGAGCUUAUGGUCAAAAAUAUCCUACGUCGACCACUACAACAACACCAGCACCAGGUAGAACAGAAAGAGCGACAGUAUCAACAGAAUCGAGUCGAACGUCAACUGCAACCGAUGAUUAUGAUUAUCCAGAUUCGACAACAACAGAGAAGAGUAAAAAGGAAGACAAGAAAGACGUCGAUGAGACCGACUACGAUUAUGGUGAUGACAAAAAGGAUGGCAAAGACAAGGAAAAGAAGGAAGAGAAAAAGAAAGAAAAGAAAGAAGAUAAAGAGGAUAAAAAGGAUGGUGAUGAUUAUGACUAUGAUGACAAGAAGGGUUCUGAUAAAAAGGACGAGAAGAAGAAAGAAGAGGAUAAAAAGGAAGAGGACACUAAAAAGGACAAAGAAACGAAAAAGGACGAUUAUGAUUACGAUGAAAAUGGUGAUAAAGAGAAAGAGAAAGAGAAAAAGGACGACGACAAAAAGAAAGAAAAGAAAGAAAAGAAAGAUGUUGAAAGCAAAACGGACGAGAAGAAAAAACCAGCCAAGAAAGAUGCAAAAGACAAGAAAGACGAAGAAGAUAUCUCGUAUGAUCAAAAAAGGACAAAAAGGAUAAGGAAGAAAAACCAAAGGGAAAAAAGAAAGAAGCAGAUGAAGAGGACAAAAAAGUCGAUAAAAAGAAGAAAAAUGACGAUUAUGACUAUGAAGAGAGCGAUUCAAAAGCCAAGAAAGAUGAAAAUAAAUCGACAAGCAAGACUGAAAUGAAAUCAAAGACUGACGAGGAGAAGAAGGAAACGAAAUCCAGCCCAGCCAAAAAAGACGAUGAUUACGACCUUCCAGAAGAAAAGGCGAAAGAUGAAAAGAAGAAGAAAAGAGAUGAAAAUAGUCAAACGGUGAAACCCAAGAAAUUGUACAUUGACGAAGUUACGUAUUCAUCAGCUUAUAACAGUAAAUAUAAUAGUAAAAGUUACACCACGGAAAAUAAGAAAGAGGAAAAUAAAGGAGACUCUUCAGGUGAUAAGAAGGAUGAAGAGGUGAAAAAGGACACUGAUUAUGAUGUUGAUAGUGGAUCAUCAGGUUC